UCCCCCUCCCCAGCUCCUUCUCCAUCCCCAGGUCCAAGAUGGCGGCGGCGGCGGCUCCUCCGGCCCCAUCCCCGCCGCCCCCUGCCCCGGCGGGCCCGCGCUGCCCGGGCUCCUGGCCCAACUUCGCCGUCGUCUGCUCCUUCCUCGAGCGCUACGGGGCCCUGCUGGACCUGCCCGAGCUGCCCUUCCCCGAGCUGGAGCGCGUCCUGCAGCCGCCGCAGGAGCCCGGAGACCAGGUUCCAAAAGAAUUGGUGGAGCUUCACUUGAAACUGAUGAGAAAGAUUGGGAAGUCUGUCACAGCAGACAGAUGGGAAAAAUAUUUGAUCAAGAUAUGCCAAGAAUUCAACAGCACUUGGGCUUGGGAGAUGGAAAAAAAAGGAUACCUAGAAAUGAGUGUUGAAUGCAAACUGGGGAUUCUGAAGUAUCUCUGUGAAUGUCAGUUUGAUGACAAUCUCAAGUUUAAGAAUAUCAUUAACGAGGAGGAUGCUGAUGCUAUGCGUCUGCAGCCCAUUGGUCGGGACAAGGAUGGCCUGAUGUACUGGUAUCAGCUGGAUCAAGAACAUAACGUCAGGAUGUACAUAGAGGAACAGGAUGACCAGGAUGGAUCCACGUGGAAGUGCAUUGUUAGAAACCGCAAUGAGCUUGCCGAGACCCUUGAGCUCUUGAAAGCACAAAUUGAUCCUGCCCUGUUGAAAAAUAACAAUUCUCAGCAGGAGAACUCAUCACGUGAAAGUCCAAGCAUAGAAGAUGAAGACACCAAAAAGGGUGAAGAAGCAGCUACACAAGAAAAUCAGGUAAAAAUCAAAGAAGAAAAAGAGCAGGUGGAGGAACAGUCAGUGGACUCAGAAAGCCUUCCUCCUCCUGUGGUCAAAGAAGAUGAAAAUAUGCUGAAAAUUGAGAAGGUGGAAGAAAAAGAAAUUAUAAAAUUGCCAGUAAUAGUAAAAUUAGAGAAACCUUCAGAACACAAUGAAGAAAAGCAAACUGUCAAAGAAGAAAGUGACUCCUUUAAAGAAAAUGUCAAGCCUGUUAAAGUAGAGGUAAAGGAAAACAAAACAGAACCCAAAGACCUAAAAGAAGUAAAAAGCUGCUCGGACAAAAUAGCAGUUCAUGAACCAGAGAGGCUAGAAUUUUGUGUUAGUGUCAAAACUCCCCAAGAAAUUGUGGAGAAAUCUGUGGAAGAAAGUGAAAAACUUAAAAAUGACCAGCAGGCAAAAAUACCACUUAAAAAGCGAGAGAUCAAGCUGACGGAUGACUAUGACAGUCCGAUAAAGGGACCCCUGUGUAAAUGUGUUACUCCAACAAAGGAUGUCUUGAAGGAAGAAGGGAAACCAGAAGAAGAAGCUUUUAAGAGAGUCCCUACAAUUACUGCUUUAUGUCCUGAUGGGAAAGUGCUAGUAAAUGGAGAGGUUAGCUGUGAAAAAAUAACCCCGAGCGUCAUACAAAAUAAUAGGUCAGAACACUCUGCUGGUGCAAAGGAAGACAGCAGCUCACUGAAAGAGAAAAAUGGAAAAAGUGGGGAAAACCUAUCAGACUCUCUAAACUCUGUUAGUAAAAUUAUAAAAACGUGUGAGAUUGAGAAAAAUUCAGUAACUGUGCUGAAAGAGAUUGGGCCUGUGGUCUCUGAGGUUUCUAAUCAGAAAGUGCCUUCAAAGGAGGAAUCUAGUCCUGUGGAAAAAGAGUCCCUUGACAGCACAACUACUGAAACAGUAGCAGAAGAGUCUUCGAACUCUGAAGACUGUGCCAAAACAACUGAAGAGAAACCAGCAACCAAUAUCAAAGAGGACAGCCCACUGCCUCCCAAAGAAUGUUCAGAGAAGCUGGAGACAUCCCCAAGUGCAUCUGCUCCUGAAGAACUGCCCACGCUUGCACUGACUGAUGAAGAGACUUUGGAAAGUAAAGGUGAGCCCGAGGAGAAAACUGAUUCUCCAAAAGCUGCUGAGGUACCUCCUGCAUCUACUUCUCCUGUUACUGUGGAGAAACCUGUUUUGGAAAAGGAGGACUCUGAUAGUAAAACAGCUCUACCUGAGGAGAGCAAAGCAGAAGAAAAAUCCAGCCCUGAAAAACAAGAGGAAGAGCCAGAUGCUGCCAAAACAGAGCCAGACAGAUUAGGUGAUGCUCAUGCAUCUAAUCUAGAGGACUCCUCAGAGAGCAAAAAGGAAUCUCCACUACCUAAAAGCAAAUUUAAAUAUAAGCUAGUUUCUGAAGAAGAAAGCUGUGCAACAGAGAAUAAGGAAAUAACUUCUGAAAGACAGAAAGAAGGAAUUAAAUUAACAAUCAGGAUCUCUAGUCGGAAGAAAAAGACAGAAACACCGCCAGAAGAGGUCAGCAUUGGCCGCACAUUAAGGCGCUCUCCGAGAAUAUCCAAGCCUACUCCAAAAGUUGCGGAGACUCGGGAUCAGAAGACUGAGAAGAAGCGAACGGAAGAGGAAGAGGAGAAACCUACAGCAGCACAAAAACCAGAACGGAAAGAAGAUGCAAAAAAACAAGAGAAGGAGACAAAUUCUAAGGUUAACAAGAAAAGCAAAGUUCGGUGGACAGGUACACGAACACGUGGCAGGUGGAAAUACUCAAGUAAUGAAGAAAGCGAGGACUCAGAGAGCGAAAAAAACUCUGAUGAGGAGGAAGAAGAGGAAGAAGAGGAGGAAGAAGAAGUUGCACCUGCUGAUGACGAUGAGCCCUGCAAGAAGUGUGGCCUUCCCAAUCACCCCGAGCUGAUUUUGUUGUGUGACUCUUGUGACAGUGGAUACCACACAGCCUGCCUUCGCCCUCCGUUGAUGAUAAUCCCUGAUGGAGAGUGGUUCUGCCCCCCUUGCCAGCAUAAAUUACUCUGUGAGAAAUUAGAAGAACAAUUACAAGAUCUGGAUGUUGUCUUAAAAAAGAAGGAACGUGCAGAACGCAGAAAAGAGCGAUUGGUGUAUGUGGGUAUCAGUAUCGAGAACAUCAUUCCACCUCAGGAGCCAGAAAUACCUGAAGGUCAGGAAGAAAAGAAGAAAGAUUCCAAAAAACCCAAAUCAAAACUGCUUGAAAGGAGAUCUACCAGAACUCGAAAGUGCAUAAGCUACAGGUUUGAUGAAUUUGAUGAGGCAAUUGAUGAGGCAAUUGAAGAUGAUAUCAAGGAAGCUGAUGGAGGAGGCAUUGGCAGGGGCAAAGACAUGUCAAAUAUCACAGGUCACCGUGGAAAAGACAUUUCCACAAUCCUAGAGGAAGAAAGGAAGGAAAGCAAGCGACCACAAAGGGCUGCUGCAGCACGACGCAAGAAACGACGGCGACUAAAUGACUUGGAUAGUGACAGUAAUCUGGAUGAGGAAGAGAGUGAGGAUGAAUUCAAGAUCAGUGAUGGAUCUCAGGAUGAGUUUGUCAUAUCAGAGGAAAAUCUGGAUGAAAGCGAAGAUGACCCACCAUCAAACGAAGACAGUGAUUCGGAGUUCUGCGCCCGCAUAUCCAGGCGACACCUGUCCAGGCCCAUGAGGCAAAGCAGGCGGUUACGAAGGAAAACAGCCAAGAAAAAAUACUCUGAAGAUGAUGAAGACGAAGAUUCUGAGGAAAAUUCAAGCAGAGAGUCUGAGAGUGGUGAGUACACAGAUUACAGUGAUGAUGAUUACCUGGAAACUAGAAGGAGAAGAUCAAGACGGAAUCAGAAGAGACAAGUUAAUUAUAAGGAAGAUUCAGAAAGUGAUGGCUCACAGAAAAGUGUCCGAUACGGGAAGGAGUUAAGAAGAGUUCACAAGCGCAGGCUCUCCACUUCAGAUAGUGAAGAGAGCUACACAUCUAAGAACUCUGAAGAUGAUGAAUCCACAAAGGAGUCGAAGCGACUGAUUCGAAAGCGUCGGCGGAGCACAGACGACUAUUCCGAGGAAGAAGGAGAGGACGAGGAGGAGGAAGGGAAGCCUGUCCGCAAACGGCUGAAUCGAAUCGAGACAGAUGAGGAAGAUAACUGCGAAAAUGCCAACGAGGACACAGAAACCCCUGCUCCUGCAAACAAGCUGCCAGCAGCACAAGCUCCUCAAGACAACCCCAAGAAGCACUGCUACCGGAUAGAAAGCGACGAUGAAGAUGACUUUGAUAACGUAGGGAAAGUAGAGAGCCCUUUGGACUACAGCCUGGUGGACUUGCCUUCCACCAACGGACAGAGCCCAGGGAAAACCAUUGAGAACUUGAUUGGCAAGCCAAGCGAGAAGACCCAGGCCCCCAAGGACAGCACAGCCAGUGCCAGCCUGGCGCCCAACGGGACAGGGAGUGGGCAGGAGGCAGUAGGGCCAGAGGAGGAAGAAGAUGAACUUUUGAGAGUGACUGACCUUGUUGAUUACGUCUGUAACAGUGAACAGUUAUAAGACUUCCAUUUUUGUGCUAAUUUAUUCCACGGUAGCUCAUACCAGCGGGCCAGUUAUUAAAAGCUGUUUUAUUUUUCCUAGAAAAUUCUCCACUACAGUAUCACUUUCUAGAAGCAAGAAUUUCACCAGUCCUGCAGUCUUUCUGUGAAGUGACCAGUUUUGAACUUUGAAGAUUAAUUGCUGUAAAUUCCCUCUCAUACCCCCCCUUCUCCUUCCAAGUCCAUGGUCCUGGGUAAUUUCACUCACAAAAACCUUAUAACAACAAGAGAUUUGUAUAUUUUUGACUUUAUAUUUCCUGAGUGCAUACAAAUUUGUGGAAAUGGGUGGCCUAAGAAAGCAUUCCAAAUCAGUCAGGGCCCAAACCAGAACAGGGGUGGGUUUGGCUCAAGGGGUGGGAGGAUGGGAGGGGGGUGGUGCAGAAGCACUUGUGCUUUAGCUUUUUCAUAUGAGAUAUAUAUUAUAUUUAAAUGUUCACAACUUAGAUUACAACUUAACAGACAGUUAAAAGCAAAAUUAAUGUCUGUACUGUCGCAUUUUGUGAGUUGUAGGUUAACAUACCAUAGCUCAUUUUAGUAAUCACCUUCAUGGAAGCAGUUUGAUUUUAAUACUGGAGGCAAACAGAAUUAUUAGAGGCCAAGAAGGUACCAUAAACAAGAACUCUGCUAUCCAUUAUGACUUGCAGACUUUCCUAAUAAACAUCCUUUAAAGUGUUUGUACA